AGUGUGCUCUACACUCUAUCCAUCCGCUAGAUUCCGCAAGUGACACAUCAAAAUUACCUCGCGGAAUUAGGAACGAUUUUGGACAAAAAAUAGAAAAAUGACUUUCUGAAUUGAGUUCAUAAUAAAUGAGUUUCCUAAAUACCAGCCAAUAUUUCAACAUCCAUCCAACAUUGAAGCCAAAAUAUGGCAAACGUCAAUGACAUUAAUUCCACAAAACGACAGCCUUCAAAGAGCGACGCUUCAGCUGCUUCUCAAAAUGAUGUUCCCAAACCCAGACUGCUUGCCUGUAGUAAAAUGGAGGUACAUAAGAAGGAAGUCGACAAUAAAAGGUUGAAGAUACGACAAAAGUAUGGUAAGAUUACUAGUGAACUCGAGACUAGACCAAGGACAUUCGUCACCAAGGUGCAAAUCAAGUCCAAAAAGCCGGCGUUUGAAGACGACAAAAUAAGAGUUAAAUGGGAGCACAAGAUUCAAAAUCCUCCGUCAAUUUCAUCAUCACAGGAAUUCCAGUCAAAGUCAGAGACUGAAAAUGAGAGUGGCGAAACUCCCGCCAAAAAUGCUACCAGUGAUUUCCCAAAAAAUCGUUUGAUUCCUUCAGCAGAAGAUUCGAUUGAUUUGCUUUGGGCUGAUGAAUAUUGCCCUGUGCAGGAGAAACAGGAGUACUUAGAAAUAAACAAACUAAUUCAUCACUUGUCUCGAAGACAGAGAGAAUCGUCAACUCUGCUAAGCAAGAUUCCUCAACGACCAACUGCAAGUUUCGCAAGGCCAACUAAGGGAGAGAUUUCACUAUGGAUGAAAAGUGCAGCAAAUAAGAGUAACGCCAAAAAUCCCUUUUUAACAGGACCACGUGAUCAGGACUCCAUUAGACCGCGUUCGAGAGCCUGGUCAUUACCGCUAUAUCGCUUUCAUUCCCCCUCGACUGAAAGUAUGCGAUUUGAACAAAGCCAAUGUCAAUGCCAAUGUCUUGAGAUUCGAAGGCCUUCUAGUGUUCCGAUCAAGCAAAUUUCGCCAAGAUGAAGCCUGAAAAAAAAUCAUUCGGGGAAUUUUAAAAACUUAAGGUGGCUCGACCUGUUUUUGCUCUUGGCGUGCCUUUGGAUGUUUGGUCGGGAAAUGCAUUGAAGUACAUGAUCUGAUUUCGAUCAUCAUGCCUUCCUUUUCCAUAUUGUAUUUCUAUGAAUUGUGUGCAUUACGUAUUUGACCAUGAGUAUAUCGACACGUAAUAUCAAUAAAAAAGGUAGUAGAUGUUCAGACGUACUAGAAGUUCAAUAAUCAAAAAUAUGAAAAGGGUAAGAGUCUGUCAUCGAAAUUUAAUGUUUAAGAACCAAACUAGGCCUUCACCGGUGAGACCCGAUGGUGGUGAAUCCAGAGGAGUGAGUACGAGGACAUUUUUCAUGCGCAAAAUAAGCCUCAAUAGAUCUCUUUAGCUUGGGCGCAAUCCUUUACGCAUCUCAGAUCACGUGCCAUUCCCUAAAGUAUCAUUUCUUGGGGUUAUCGCUUGCGCACGACGAGACACAUAUAUAUGGACACAACUGAAACAAAGAAUCUUAUGUUAAAGAGAAUGACACGUGGUUUGAUGUAAUAAUUGUUUCCGGUCCGGUAUGCUUCUUCUGUUAAUUUUUAUGAUAUUCUUCUCUAGUUUAGGAGUCUAUUUUUUUAGUAUUAUUUAAAUCUUGGUUCUUUUGAUAUAAAUAAUCCGAAGGUAAAGCUACAUGCGAGCUUGAGCAUGGUCAAUGCUAGACAUCAUCCCACAUCGAACAUUGAGAUUCCAGUUACCGAUAUAGAUCCCUCAAUCUGGGGGAUAAAACAAUAGUUUCCAAUUCUUAGCAAAUCGGAAUUCUUUUGUUUUGUCUCUCAGAUCGAGCUGCUUCGACGUCACAUGCAAGGGGUCUAUAAAUAGCUGAUUUAAGCUUUAUCGAAUAAGAACGCGUUUGUACGAUGUCCGGAAGUAAGUUUUGCGUAACGUUCGUAAGCAGAUGACGUAAGACGAUUGAUAAACGUUUAAUUAUUGAGCUGCUAACAUCUAAGUGAGCGAGUAAGCGAGCGAGUGGGUGAGUGAUACAUUUUCAUAUUCAAACCCCUCACAAUAACUCGUUUCUACGCUACGCGUAUGCACGAUUAAAGACUCUGCCCUCGGUCUUGAAAACGGACCUCGGAUAAAUAACAUA